UACAUACCCCUCCGUCAAUCGCCCCGCCAUAACGGUAAUUCUUUCCAGUGACCUCCAACGUCAGCCUGGCCUGGCCCUACAGGCCAGUAAUGUGCAGACCAAGUCGACAUUAUCACACGCUGGCAAGGGAUUCUCCAACCCAAAGCCAACCGCCAGAAUGCCACUCAUAAUCAUCACCGGCCUACCCACCUCGGGCAAAACAACCCGGGCACGCCAGCUGUACUCGUACCUCUCUGAGCGCAUCUCUUCCUCCUCCUCUUCCUCUUCCUCUUCCUCUCCCCCAACCCCCCAGCAGCAACAACAAGAACAACAGCCGCAACCACAACAGCAACCAGCCUACCGUCUCCACCUCAUCUCAGACACGACGCAGUCCAUCUCGCGAACCGUGUACGACCUGUCCCCGUCAGCACUCCCCGCACACGUGCGGUCGGCCAACGCCUCGGAAAAGGACGCGCGCGCGGCAAUCUACGCCGCCGUGAAACGCGUCCUGUCCCCCCGAGAUAUCGUCGUGCUCGACGGCCUCAACUACAUCAAAGGCUGGCGGUACCAGCUCUUUUGUGAGGCCAAGAAUGCGCGCACACCGAGUUGUGUGCUGCAGGUCGGUUGCCCCGUUGAGCGUGCUAGAGAGGUGAAUCAGAGACGGUUGGUUCGGAGGGGAGAGGCAACGACCGGGAGCAAUGGGAUUGGUGAGGUUGGUGGGGGAGGGAACAGGGCGGGUGGGGCAGAAGGGGCAGACGUCGCAAGUGAUAACGGUAACGGAGAUGGUGCUGGAAGAGGAUCUGAGCCACGAGUUGGGGGCGAAGGGGAUGAUAUUCCGGAAGCCGGGUCGUCGGCGCAAGCGGAUGGUGAUGGCGCCGAAGGGGACGGGAACGACGACGGGGAAGAACCCUACGAGCCGUCCAACUGGGAGAACCUCGUCUUCCGCUACGAAGAGCCCAAUCCCAUGACGCGCUGGGACUCGCCGUUGUUCACCCUAGUAUGGGAAGACGACGAGGCGCAGACGCGGCAGGUGUUUGACAAGAUCUGGGACGCCAUCGCGGGGCAAGGCAAAAAACUGGUCCGCCCGAACCAGUCGACCGUGCAGCGCGACAAGGACCCCGGCGGGGACUACCUGUACGUCCUGGAGCGCGAGACGCAGGACAUUGUCAAGAAGAUCUUGGAGAUGCAGUCCGACGAGGGCGGCGGCACGGUGAGCAUACCGAGGGUUAACAACACCGGAGAGGUCGGGGAUGAUUUGGUCGUGGAACUGCCCGGGAAGAAAGUCGGGCUGCCGCAGCUGCAGCGCUAUCGGCGCGCAUUCGUCGGGAUGAAUAGGGGAGGCAUCGGGCUCGAGGCGGUUGGGAAGCUGGCUGCGGGACGGUUGCGGGAGAGCUUCGUUGGGUAUUUGAACGACCUCUUUGAAAAGGAUGGUUGAGGCCUUUGAAAAGGGGAAAGCCGCUCCCUACUUACAAUGUCCUAGGAUAUUAGGAGAGAGCGAGCCCUGGU